AUGGGAGAUAUGGGCGACCCACCGAAAAAGAAGCGGCUGAUUUCCCUGUGCGUCGGUUGCGGCAAUCAAAUCCACGACCAGUAUAUUCUGAGAGUUUCUCCGGAUUUGGAAUGGCACGCGGCGUGCUUGAAGUGCGCGGAAUGUAAUCAGUAUUUGGACGAGACGUGUACGUGCUUUGUUAGGGAUGGGAAAACCUACUGUAAAAGAGACUAUAUCAGGUUAUACGGCAUCAAGUGCGCCAAGUGCAACAUCGGCUUCAGCAAGAACGACUUCGUGAUGCGGGCCCGCUCCAAAGUGUACCACAUCGAGUGCUUUCGCUGCGUGGCCUGCAGCCGCCAGCUCAUCCCCGGGGACGAGUUCGCGCUGCGGGAGGACGGCCUCUUUUGCCGGGCGGACCACGACGUGGUGGAACGAGCCAGCCUCGGCCCUGGGGACCCUCUCAGCCCGCUGCAUCCCGCCAGGCCGCUGCAGAUGGCAGCAGAACCUAUCUCUGCCAGGCAGCCGGCUCUCAGGCCGCACGUCCAUAAACAGCCCGAGAAGACCACCCGCGUCCGGACUGUCCUCAACGAGAAGCAGCUGCACACCUUGAGGACUUGCUAUGCCGCCAACCCCAGGCCCGACGCCCUCAUGAAGGAGCAACUGGUGGAAAUGACGGGCCUCAGCCCCAGGGUCAUUCGGGUCUGGUUCCAGAACAAGCGCUGCAAGGACAAAAAGAGGAGCAUCAUGAUGAAGCAGCUGCAGCAACAGCAGCCCAACGACAAGGCUAACAUCCAAGGCAUGACGGGCACUCCCAUGGUGGCGGCUAGUCCGGAGAGACACGACGGGGGCUUGCAGGCGAACCCGGUGGAGGUGCAGAGUUACCAGCCGCCCUGGAAAGUCCUGAGCGACUUCGCCUUGCAGAGCGACAUAGAUCAACCGGCUUUUCAGCAACUCGUUAAUUUUUCAGAAGGAGGCCCAGGUUCCAAUUCCACCGGAAGUGAGGUAGCGUCCAUGUCUUCUCAGCUCCCGGAUACACCAAACAGCAUGGUAGCCAGUCCUAUCGAGGCAUGA